CCCAUAUUAAGCGAGACCAAUUUGAGGGACAAAAAAAAAAACACAGUGCUUUUGAAGGGCAUUCCGCCCAAAAAAAUGAUUGUAAAUUAAACUGGUCUCCUCGAGAGGCUAGACUAGACUUGUUGUAUUUGUGUGGAAUCAAAAGUGUAGCGUGAAGAUGAAGCGUCGUUCAUCGGAGACGAAGUUGUUGCAAGAACUCAUCCUUUAUGCUGCGAGCGCCGCUCUGAGCAGCCUGGUAUUGUUUGUGGGGCUCCGACAACUUGACCCGAACCGACAGGCUUCCAAAAAGGCACUCGAGCACAAGAAGGAACUUGCUAAGCGCCUUGGUCGACCUCUCAUUCAAACCAAUCCCUAUGAGGAUGUAAUAGCCUGUGAUGUAGUCAACCCUGAUCAUAUUGAUGUGGAAUUUGGUUCUGUUGGUGGAUUGGAAUCUAUUAAGCAAGCUCUAUAUGAAUUGGUAAUUCUUCCCUUGAGGAGGCCUGAACUCUUUUCUGGGAAGCUUCUGGGUCCUCAAAAAGGAGUGUUGCUCUAUGGACCCCCUGGCACUGGAAAGACCAUGCUUGCCAAAGCAAUUGCUAAAGAGUCAGGUGCUGUGUUUAUUAAUGUGAGAACAUCGAAUUUGAUGAGCAAAUGGUUCGGUGAUGCCCAAAAACUGGUUGCUGCAGUGUUUAGUUUGGCACAUAAACUUCAGCCAGCAAUUAUAUUCAUUGACGAAGUGGAUAGCUUUUUGGGUCAGCGCAAGACUACUGACAAUGAGGCGUUAACAAACAUGAAGACUGAAUUCAUGGCUUUAUGGGAUGGUUUUACCACAGAUCAAAAUGCACGGGUUAUGGUACUUGCUGCUACUAAUCGGCCAUCUGAGCUUGAUGAAGCAAUUCUUCGACGUCUUCCUCAGGCCUUUGAGAUUGGAAUGCCUGACCCACGAGAGAGAGCUGAGAUUUUGAAGGUGAUCCUGAGGGACGAGAAGGUAGAAGAUAACAUUGACUAUGACCGCAUUGCUAGUCUGUGUGAUGGAAACACUGGUUCUGAUCUUCUUGAGCUAUGUAAAAAAGCUGCCUACUUCCCUAUCCGGGACUUGCUUAAUGAUGAGAAGAGUGGAAAGCGAACUCAGGAAUCAAGGCCGCUAUCAGAAUCGGAUUUGCAAAGGGUUUUAGCUACAUCGAAAAAGACAAAGGUUGCUGCAAGUGAAUACAGCAGAUUAAGUCCAAGGCAUGCAGAUUCAGAUUCUGACCCUGUCCAAGCUGCAAUUAACGAGCUCUCUAAGCUUGUGGCUUCCCAGCUGAAUCUCCAGUCAGAUAGCCAGGAUUCUUAAUUGGCUAUAGGGUUUCCUAUAAAUUAGUAUCAGUCUGUUAAAAUAUUGAAUUUUUUUUGGCUACAGUGGAUGCCACAAAAUUCCUCUUGACCCUGUAGUUCUGCCAUCAACUUGGAAAGUAUUGGAGAGUUUUGAAGCGGUGUUGGUUGAUUUUCACAGCGUAGAGGUGAAUCAUGGUGUGCUAAUCCCAUGUACGGUAAUUUUUUCAUCCGGGGCGGUUCUAACUUAUUUCACUUUAUGUCGUAUCUCCAGGAGAACAAAACUUUCAUGUAAUUUAAACUAGUGUCGACUUCAGUUGGGAUAUGUGUACAGUUAAUCGACAGCUCUGGAGCUACCACUUAUCCUUUGCCAUAAGGUCCAUAACUGCUUAUUGCCUACUUAAUCAAAUGGCAGCAAUUUAUUUAUCA